AUGGGCAGGAGGCACGAGUGCUCUGGGAGCUCUUUGGAGCCGAGUGCUGAGCUCUCUGCCAUCCCUCCACUGAACCCUCUUUGGUACAUUCUCUCCCUCUUCUUCUGUGCCCUGCAGGGUUACCUUGGACCUGGCAAAGAGCAAGUGCUGAAAGUCUAUUACCUGUCAGGAGUGCCUGGAGUCUUCUGCAGGGCUUUCCAGAUCCAACUGGGUCACCUGGAGCCAGAAAAAAUCUCCCUGAAAGGAGAAAGGAUCUUUCCUAGGAUCCACUUGGACCUGCCCAGGAACAUCAAAGGCAACACAAAAUAUGAGAAGAUCCUCGAAAAGGCCAAAGAAAAGCUGGACAAAGGCAGUCAGAGAGACAAGACAAGAGACAAGUUCUGGGGGAGGCUGCGGCAGCCAAGCCCCGCACAGACAACUUGGGCACCAUGUCGAAUGCUCAGCUGCAGAUGCAGAUGGAGGAGAUGCUGAUUGAGGAACGUGCCCUGGAGCAGCAGAAAGCUCUUGCCUCCCGUCCCCCAGAGGACACUGCCUUUCA